UCUUGCAAAGAGUAGGAAGGCUUACAUUCAAUCAGAUUACAUACUACACGAAACCCAGACCAAUACGAAUAGGAUGCCUGCAGAUGUGGAUUGUUUUAUUUAAGAAAGUCUUUUGACUAGUUCACUUACUGGAUUAUGACCAUUUAAACUUGGAGGAGUAUUUUUUCCUUUUUGUGGAUUUUUUUUUUCCUCAUUGGGGGAAAAAUCAAGCAGUAACUUGUCUACGAAUCUGGAGAAAAGGCAGGUGUUGUGCUAGAUUUGUGGGCCCUUUGAAGAGGGAAGACUUGGUAAUAAGGUUGGUGGACCCACCUUAUUUAUUUACUGUACCCAUGGACUUUAAUUUCGCAUUCAGCCUCAGCCCUUACUCAGCACCUGCUCUUUACUUAACCUCGCUCCCGCUCUUCCAAACUCUGCUCUUCAAAGCAGUGGAAAAGUCUUAAGAGCUGUUUGUUUUCCUUCAAGCAGCCUCUGCAGUGCCAAAGGUUCUGCUCUAUCUGUGGUUUGUUUCACCCUCUCCCUCAACAAGUAAACAGAAGAGAGAGCGAGCACGAGAGGAAGAAGAGUGCAGGUUUGUUUCAUAGACAGCUGUGCUAGAGAUAGGACAGACAAGCAUGAGGACGGAGAUAAACGGAUGCACAAGGUAAUGAACACAGAUCUUGCUUAAACAGCUUUGAAUACUUAAGCAAACAGGUGGGUGAACUCUAUUAGGGACGGUUUCUAUUACUGAGCCAUGUGUUAAGCUUCCAUUGCUGUUCCAUGGUGUGCUGAAUUUGUCUAAACACACCUCAGAGGGAAGACUUUAAAACUAGUCACCAGCACACAGCAGGACGAACAAUGACACCAAAGGAAGCAGACCUCCCGUUUCAGGACAUUUUAUCAGUGUGUGCAGAAAAGUUGGAGCUUCUGGAUCAGCACUCCUCUCACAUGUGUAGCCGAAGGAGGCAUAGCUGUGGCACCAGCAGGAGAACGGCAGGACAGUGGUGGAUCUUCCAGCUGGUGGUCUUCCUCGCCCUGUGUGCAUGCGGGCAGACGCAGGGCACAACACAUUCCAGUUUCCGCAGGCUGAGCGGCCGAGAGAAAAAGGAGAUGCAGAGGGAGAUCCUGUCCAUCCUGGGGCUGCCCGGACGGCCUCGGCCCCAUCCGCCCCUGCGACCUCCCUCAUCCGCUCCUCUUUUCAUGCUGGACCUUUACCACGCUGUAUCGGCUGAGGGGGAUGAUGGUAUAGGUCUGGUCCAGAAUCAUGAGGGGGUCAUCCACGCUGCUCUUCCCACACUCAGCACACACACGCCUCCCCUGGGUACAGUGGUUAGUGAGGCAGACACAGUUAUGAGCUUCGUCAACCUGGUGGAGCAUGAGAGAGACCUCCUCCAUCCUCGGCCCUACUGGAAAGAGUUCCGCUUUGACCUCACACCACUUCCACAGGGAGAGACAGUCACUGCUGCGGAGUUCCGCAUCUACAAAACCCUGACCAUGGGUCAGCGAGCAAACCGCACUCUCCACAUCUCUGUUUAUGAAAUCCAGAGGGAUAAAAGACACAGGGAACCUGAGCUGGUACUGUUGGACAUGCAGUCUGUGCCAGCAGGACAGGAGGGCUGGCUGGCCUUUGAUGUGACAUCUGCCAGCAACCGUUGGCUACUGCAUCCACGAAGCAACCUGGGCAUCCGCCUAUAUGUGGAAACAGAGGAAGACCGCUCAUUGUCGGCAGCUUGGGUGGGUUUAGUUGGCCGCAGAGGUCCUCGCUCCAAACAGCCGUUCAUGGUGACGUUCUUUCGGGCCAGCCAGAUCCCUUGCCGCCCACCUCGAGCAGUCAGACACAACAACCCACGAAAGAAAAAGAAUAAAUAUGACCUACCCCAUCCAAACAGACCUGGCAUAUUUGACCAGCAUCAUGCAAACAGUGGGCGGCAGGCUUGUAAGAAACAUGAGCUGUAUGUCAGUUUCAGUGAUCUUGGCUGGAAGGAUUGGGUUUUAGCUCCUACAGGUUAUUCAGCAUAUUACUGCGAUGGGGAAUGUGACUAUCCUUUGGGUUCUUGUAUGAACGCUACUAAUCAUGCCAUGAUUCAGCUUGUGGUCCACCUUAUUAAGCCAGAUGAGGUUCCAAAGGCCUGCUGUGCACCAACCAAGCUCAGUCCCAUCUCUGUGCUCUUCUAUGAUGACAACAACAACGUAAUACUUAAGAAACAUCGAAACAUGGUGGUCAAGACCUGUGGCUGCCUGUAAACAUGCAUCACUGUCUUAUCCAGACUGUGCCAGUCUGACAUUAAGCCCUACCGCACUACUUCUAACAUACGAGGACAUUCGUCCAAGCAUGUCAUUAACCAGUUCUGCCACACACAGUUGCUAAGUCUGUCAUGCUGGCAGAAAAGUACUGACCCCACAGACUAAAAUUAAGGCCAGUCUUUAUUGCCAAAAAAGUUUUCCUUCUUCCAUUUUUCUUCUAUUCUGUUAAGGAAGCUACAGAUUGGGCCAUGUACAGAGACUGUGUUUUUAAAAAGUUAAAAUAAGUUCAGAACCAUUUGAAAAACGUUUUUGAAAUGUAAAAAAGUACACUUCCUUGUAGUGCUGGAAACUAAAUGUUAAGAUGUAGCAAUAAUUUAAAAUCAACAUUCUGACUAUGUAAGCAUGGAAAGUGUCAUGCAAUGGUUUGUGCACCCAGGUCAAAAUUAAGAAACUUGAAGGUGAAAUGAUCUCCAAAAGGCAUAAAGUUAAGGAUAACACAUUUCCCAUUCUCAUCUUUUGCAUUUUUAAAAUAAGUAAAAGUUUAGGCACCCUGCAUUUUUUGUGUCUAGCAGCACCUUUUUUGGUAAAUAUCAAAGCCUGUAAACACUUUCUUUAGCCAACCAACAUUUAAAUUCUUGUUUGAGGACUUCUUAUCCAUUCUUUAUUACAAAAGUCUUUAAGUUGUGUAUGAUUCUUGUCUGGCACGUACUGUUCUUGCACUGGUGAUCGGUCCAUCCACAGAUUUUUUUAGUGAUGUUUAGAUCAGAGCAUUGUUAGCUUGUGCCUUCUGAGGUUGUCUGUUAUGGAUUUGAGGUGUGUUUUGGAUCACUUUCCAUUUGUGGAAGCCAUCCUAUUUUCAACAUCAGCUUUUUUGUACAGAUAGUUUUAUGUUUGCUUUCAGAAUUUUCUGAAAUUUCCUGAAUUUGCUGAAAUGUAACCUUAUCAGUGUUUAAAAUAUAUCAGGCUUGUUAAGAUACGCUUUUUGCAAUCUUCUGACUCAUAAUUUAGUGGUGAGUAGUGAUGCAGGAAAGGUUUUCUUUGAAUAACCCUUCAAUGAAUAACCCUCCCACAACUGUAGAGUCUGCUAAAUCUUCCUGGAAGUCUUUUGCAGUCAAGCAGGGGUUUUCAUAAACCUUAUCUUGACCUACGCUGUUAAGUUCCUGUUAACUUCCAUUACUAAAUUACAUUUUGAACUGAUAAAUGGUUUAUAUUUUCUUAUAGCCUUCUCAUGCUUUGUGUGCCUAAACCAUUUUAUUUUCAGACUGCUAGGCUGCUGCAUGGAAGAACGACUGCUGUUAUUUUUGGGACAGGGUUGGAGGAGCCUGGGCACUGAAAAAGUUUUGAUAUUUGUAUCACAUGGCUUUCCUUGACUUGCCAAGCCAUAACCCUAACAGGCUAACUGAGGUCUGAGACCUCAAAGUUAUCUGAGUGCUUAAAUCUCUUGCAAGGUACCCCUUUACUUUUUUACUCUAAAAUUGUACUAAACCAAAAUAAUACAAAUAUUGCCUAAAAUCCUAAAAACGUGUUUAAUUUUGAACUUUAUGUCUUUAUGUCUUAAGAUCAUUUCAUCUUUAGCUUGCUUAAGUGUUCACAGUAACAGGAAAUUUGACCAGGGGCACCCAAAUCUUUGCAUGUCACUCAGAAUUCUACUCAGAAUUAAUAAAAGAGUAGGUCAUUGAACUUGAUAUGUUUUUUACUUUUUAGGUAUUCAUCAGAUUAAUGUAUACUUCAGUGUGAUUUAGAUCAUAUGACAAAUUAUGAUCACCUCAUUGUUUAUUAUACUGUAUAUUGUCAUUCUUUAUUCCUCAUGUGGGGCAACAUAGGGUUAUUACCCUGAUCUACUGAUUGCAUAGAGCAGAAGCAUGUUUUGCAUGAGAGUUUAGGCCUAACGAAUAAGUAAGGACAAUACAGUGCUGGUGGAACUGAACGCUGUAAUGGAUUUUGUGUGAUGCAGUAUUUGAAGAAUUUGUUCUAGUCUUACAGUCUCACAAAAGUAAAGGUUCUUUACACUCACAUAUCUCUAUCACAAACCUGGUUCUUUGUGGAGCCAAAAAUGGUUCUUCUAUGGCUCAAAGAACUAUUUGAAGGACCUUAAUAAAAGGUUCUUAACACUCA